GGGUAACAAAGCAGCAGGGACGGUGAACACAUCUCUCCGUUAGUCACUAAUACCCGUUAGUAAUAGUCAAGUGACUGUCGCUUUCAGCAGGGUGUGCUCGUGAUUUUGUUUGUGUGUGGUCGGGACACGGAUGCUGUCAGUGCGAAUAGCGAUGAAAAGAGCGAAAAUAGUUCACUGGUCCACACUGAACACCUCCGUUGUAGCAGCCGGUGAUACAGGCUAGCCGUUAGUGAGCCCUGGACCUUUCUUCUCGUUUUAACGGUUUUUCUCGGCUAAAACAUGGGAAAGGGAAAACGCUAAUUCAACGACCGUUAGCUUUUAAGCUUUUAAUAAUACGUUUUGAAAACAUUUUUCAGUCAGUGCGCUUUAUUUCGUUCGUAUUUUUCUAUGUAAGUCGAGUUGACCCGUCGUGAAAAAUGUUGACAGGAUCUAAAACCACGUUCAAAGUGAGACAAAUGCUCCCAGAUAUCAAGGAGAGGAUGUUGAGUCAGAGUGGGGUCAAUGCAAGGAGUCGAGAUGUGUUUGGACUACGCUGCCUACCAGGUGAGUGUGUACUUCAGAGAGCUGUUAUGGUGCGGAAGAAGCUGACUGCCAGGGAAGGAAGAGGUUGGCUCUCUGGGACCCUCUUCUGUACUCACUUCAGAGUGGCCUUUGUUCCCCAGGACAGUCCCAAACCUGACGACAAUGCCGACCCAGUGCUUUUAGGAGAUCAUGAUGUGGCUUUGGCAUCCAUAGAGAAGGUUGUGGUUGUGGGCCCAAACAGGACCAAGCUGGUGACCCCAAACUCCUCGCUGAAGUUCACUCCAGAGGAGCUGGUGCUUUACUGUAGGGACAUGCGAGUCAUCUGCUUCCUGUUUGACCGCCUCACUCCUGAUGCACAGGUUAUAGAGAUAACUUACACCAUCGCGAAGACCUACCAGCCUCUCAAACUAGGGUCAGUUUUAUCUUUCCAGAACGCUGCCCUCGGGAGUGUAGAAAUGAAGCAGUUUCUAAGCAACCGUCGCCGAGACACCCACAUGAACUGGUUUGAGUCUGUCUUAGACUGGGAGCAAGAGCUGGAGAGGUGUGGGGCCAGUGGCUGGAGAGUGAGCUCAGUGAACGACCGCUUUGAGAUGUCCACCAGUCUGCCUAGAUUCAUCGUGGUUCCACAGAAGGUUUUAGACACUGAGCUGAAGAAAAGCUUCGCCCACUUCAAUGAAGGACGCAUCCCUCGCUGGUGUUGGCGACACCCCCGAGGCAGUGAUUUACUGCGAAUGGCCAGCUUCCAAAACAACAUUUAUCAUGAGAAAGAUGACAUCAGAAACCUGGAGAUGGUCCUGUUUGGUUGCCAGUCCUCUCUGUGUGUUGUGGUGGAGCUGGGCGAGGAGCUGCCCUCACCUGCUGACAUCCAGCUGGCACACAGCCGCCUGCGCGCCCUCUGUCUGGGAGAUAUCUCCACAUCUGUGUCAGUGCCUGAUGACAAAUGGUUAUCUACCCUGGAAAGCACCCACUGGCUAGACUACACAAGGUCCUGUUUGAGGAAAGCAUCAGAGGUAGCCUGCUUGCUUCGUGGUGGUCACCUGACUGUGGCACUUCAAGAAGCGGAGGACCGGGACAUGAGCUGCGUGGUGUCCAGCCUGGUGCAGGUGAUGUGUGACCCCCACUGUCGGACACAGCAUGGCUUCCAGAGCCUGGUGCAGAAGGAGUGGGUGAUGGCCGGCCACCGUUUCUACAGCCGAAUCAACUACCACCGUGACAACGACAAAGAGGAGGCUCCAGUCUUCCUGAUCUUCUUAGACUGUGUCUGGCAGCUGUGGUCCCAGUAUCCCUCUCGCUUCCAGCUGACAGAGGAUUUCCUGCUGGCCCUGCACGACAGCAUCCACCUGCCACUCUUCUCCAGCUUCCUGGCCAACUGCCAGCGAGAGAGAUGCAAACGCUCCCAGAACCUCGGGCAGUCCUACACACCUGUCAAUGGCUGGAGAGAUGUGCUUCAUCCAGAUUCUUCCUCAGAUCCCUCUGACCCCCCUCUGCCCCCGGUGUGGGACUGGGCCCUGCAGUACAGCAAACACAGACAAGACCGUUUCACCCAACCCAUCCCCCCGACCCCUCCGCUCCAACCGCUGCUCAAUGGAAACCUUAACACCAACCCAGACACACACAGGCUGACUGACGCCAUCCCCGGCUCAGUCUUCCUCCUCUCCCGAGGCACCUUCUCCUGUCCUGCCAACCUGCUUCCCUGGCGCAGCAGCAGUUCAGGCGUUUACAAGAAGAGCCACCGGAGGGCGCCGUCCUCUGAGAACGUGCCUGGCCUGGAGAGGCUGCUGAAAGCUUGGGCCCUGACGGAGUUACCUCAGGGCCUCACUUCCACCUCUGGACCUCAAGGACCACUUGACCCCUACGAGCCCUUACUGCCCCUCCUUAUGGGGCCCUGCAUGGGCCUGUGGAGGGAGUGCUACCUCCGGGGGGCUCUCCAUGCACAGGCGUUCUCCCACCCCAUCUCAGCCAACCACCCCCACCCUGUGGAGCGACUAGCCAGGGAGGUGCAGCAGCUCAAAGACAAACUAGACCAAGUGUCCAGCAGCACAGAUCCAAACCCGUCCGCCAAGACAGCUGAGCCCCGGCGGACCGACACCAAUCUGAACCAAAACACCAACAACGGCACCUUCCUCUUUCCAUCGUCGAGGCCUCAGGGCACAGGUGUGCCCAGAGCGGCACCCCUUCCUACCUCCAUCAACCACCAGACCUCCAGGGGCUCUCCACCAGCCUCAGCCCCACCGUUCAGGUCCAGCCACAAAGACAGUAGUGGCAGCAGCAAGCACACCUUCCUGUUUGGGCAUUCUUCAUCAACAGAGGCCCGCCCUGACCAGCGCUACUACCCAGCACCCAACAACGCCAAGCUGUCCAAGAGCAACGGAUCGAUAGCUUCCUGAUGUCUGGCCUUUAUCUUCACUGUUCAUAUAUAUGAUACAGACCAUUCCACCACCUGCCCGUGCAGUAUGAAACUGACCAAACCCCCCUGCUAUGAUGUACUGAGGAGACCCAGGUAUGUGAAACAUUUGGGUGGAGCACAGUGAACUGCAGUAGUAUGAAAUAUUCAGUGUAAGAGUUCUUUACUCUGUUACUUAUUCUCUGUACUGUAUUUAAAAAUGUGACAACGGUUUUGUAUAUUUGUUAAAACAAAUCCUGGUAUUCAAUAUUCCUCUAAUGAAAUAUAUCUAAUUGCAGUGAAGCAAAAAGAAAAAAAAAAAGGGCUGAAGAUGCUUUAUAAUGUAUAACAAAAAAGCUUCAUAAGCACAUCUUGAAAUGCAGUAGAAACUGUCAGGACACACUUUGUAAACGUCAUACCACCCUUCAAGACAGAAAGAAAGACAGCUUGUAGUUUCCAUUUUAAGCUUCUUAUCAUGAAGGAGUUACAGCCACUGGUCGGAACAUAGAUGGUGUCAUAAGGUGGUUUUUGAGGCCAGUUUGACAGGACACAAUGCAGUGAAUGGAAACAUUAGCUUUUCACUGGAGUUAACCUGUGACCUGUGUGACCAUCAGGCUAUGUGUCCUUUGUCAGCUCUUUAAAAUCUUUGAUAUAUUCAUUUCCUCUCUCAGCGUAUAGAAAAGUAGAAUAUUGUUUUAAAAAAAGAUCAUUUUUGAACUGCAGACGCUGUGGCCAGUGACUUUAAUGUGGAAUUUAGGGCAUGAGAGCUAUUUUGGUACUGCUCUCAUAUCUCUCCACUUGCAUGCGUGCUUGGGAGCAGCGAGAGGCCUAUAUUCAGUUCAGUAUUAUGUUAGCCUUUAUGUGUCUGGAUGUGACCGCAGUCACUGAAUAUUAUUGCAAUAUAAUUCAGUUCCUGCAUGACUGAGCUCAUUGCAGGGCUUUAGUUAUAUAAUCCUAUCUAAACUUUAGUCUUUUGAAUAUUUUUGACCAUUAUGGGUCAGUUGUUUCAUGUCAUACAUGUUGCUACAUGUGAUUUCUGACCAGAUUUAGUAUUAUUUUGAGAAUUUCUCCCAUCAUUUUUUGGUGGAAUUGAAAAACAAAAACAUUUUUCUGUCUUGUUUUGAUUGCUGUACCUUGAGAAGGUGCCAGUGUUGGAAGCAAAGGGAAGUCUAUUUCCUCCUGUUUUUUUUUGUCCUGCCUGGUGGUGUAUUAGUAUGCAGCCAGCAUUUAGGUCAAGGACUUGGAAGUGUCUGACUGUAUUUAAAUCACAGAGGGAAGUGUCCAGUCCUGCGCCUUUAAAUCCAAACAGGUUGUCGUUCACAUGAUGUGGGUGUCAAGUAGAUGCACUGGCGUCAUUCCUACGGACCAAUGAAUUUGCACCGUUAUGUUUUUUUUUUUUUAAAAAGCAUGUUUUUCUAAAUAGUUUAAGGCAGGAUAACAGUAGUCAUGUGACUGAUGUCGACCUUCUGUGAUGUCAAAAGGUACCUCACUUGAUAGCACUAUGAAUAAUUAAAUUGCUGCAAAUAUUCAUCACAUCGAUAUUGAUAUCAGCUACAAUUUCAGAGCUUUCCAGGUGUGAUGCCAAUGCAUUUGCUUGUCUUCCAUGGAAAAAAAAAGAACGAUCAUCAUCGUCCUCUUGCAUGGUAAAUCUAAUUUGAUCUUCUCCUUACACCUGUCGGUCUGUGUCCUUGUAUAAUUUAAUGUUUUUGGUACGAACUACACUUAAAUUUGCCAGAUGUACAUAUUUUUUGUAUCAGCAUGUUUUGAAAAGUGUUAUCAGUUCAUGAACUCUCAACUCUGUUCAUAAUUUGAAUCUGUUCCACAAAAAUAAAAGAAUCCAUUCUCGUA